AGAGUAAUACCAAGAAAGGGGAAGAUGAAAUACCCGUAGAGCUGCUGUCUUCAGAGAAAAUCGUGCCUCAGUAACAGCUUCUUCUGACAUGGCUCCUCCUCUCCCAUAACCUCAGCAAAUGGAACUAUCUUGAAAAAACACAGAUGGUCUCUGGAAUACUCUGUCGAACGAUGGAUAUGUACUAGUUAUGCAAUAGAAGCCCCAGACAGCUUUCUUCUACAAGCUCAAAUUUCUUACAUAACAGGUACAUGACUGAUGUUUCCGAGUAGCGGCAACACUUGUGCUCCCUUUGAGAAGGCAGUCAAUUUGCUGGGUCAGCUUAGCCCCCUUUCCUUCCAAUUGCUCUAUGCAGAGACCUGCAUAAUCAGGACCUACAGAGAUUUUAGCUUGCUUUUAGUAGCUGGCAGCUCACUUUUUGUAUUUUCUAUACCAUAAAUGGCAAUAAUCUCGUUUCUAAGAUCACUACUGUUACUGAAGAACGUAUUUGCCAGCUACAAGAGUGAAAAGAUUUGAGAGUAGACAUAAAAAGUUUCUCCCAGAGCUUGGAUUUAUUUGCAGAUAGACAAUGAAAAAUAAAUACUGUAGCUCAUGUAAUCUCCCCCAUUUAAAAGGCACAUUUCCCAGAUUCCCUGAUGCUAAACACAAGGCAAGACUUCUGAUGCAUGAUAUCCAAGACCGCAACCGCGGCACGGAACAAGGUGGAAUAUGAGGGCGAUUCAACACGCCAAGAAAGCGGUUAGCUUUAACCACCAGCAAUCUUCUGCCUGCCGACGGCUCCGGCCACAAGCGGAUUGUGCUUGUGCCGGAGGCGUUUCCCCUGGACAAGAGCCUUUUUGCCCAGCAGAACACAGAGUGGGGCCCGCCCGGCCUUGGAGAGGCAAUGAAUCUCGCUUCCGUAGCUGGCCCCAUUAAAGGCAGAAGCCACCUCCAUCCGGCCUUGCCGAGCUCUCCCGAGGCAAGACAGCCCCAGCCUCAAGGCACCUCUAGCGAGAGACGGCCAGAGCCGAGACACCAGCUCCACGCCCCUCUCAGCCCAUCCCUCUUAGCCCACCUCUUUCUAGGCAGGCGCAGCAACCCUACAAUUACCGCUUUCGGUUACCUGCCGAACACCGGGGCGGACGCCCCGGCAGCAGUCACGGCUGCUUACGGGCUGCUGUCGCCCCGCACAGGCAGCUAGUACGAAACCGGUAGGAAAAGCUGAUCCGCUUCCGGGACAGCGAGAAGCGACCGAGGUUGGCCGGGACGCAGGUGCUGUCGUUGCCACGUGAGUGUGACCCAUUCCGUGAGGACUCUGCGUCCACCAUCUUUACAUAGGGCAACCUUCUGUAGACGGCCGCUAAAGGUGGGGUGAGAGCCUGGCGGCGCCAUCUUUGCGCGGGGCAGUGCUCACGUGACAGGCAGAGGCGCCCAGCGCGGCCAUUUUUGUGCGGGGCUCGUCCUGCUGCCGGUGAGGUUGCAGCAGCAGCAGCAGGCGGACGUUUGUGUGUAGGAGGAGGUGCCGCGGCCUGUGCGCGCGUCUCCCCCACAGUGGUUUGCUGGAGCGCUGCAUCCUGGCCGGGGAGCGCUGUCUGCUUGCCAGCACCGCUGUUUCAGGAGGCUGGAGUUCGCCAUCAGUGCAAGGUGUGGGGCUGGUCGCGGACCGUCUUAGAUCAGCGUUCCGAGCACGGUGCGUGCUCUCGGCAGCUCCGAGACCUCAGAUAAGUGUUCUAUCUGCAUCAGAAGCCUUGGAUGCGUAAGGGUAAAGAGAACUCAAGAGAACAGCACAUUGAAUGUUCACUUCUACUGAACACUACAUUACUAUAUUGAUUCCCUGGUUUUAAAAAUCCUGGCUGCAGGAUCUCAGAAAAUACAGCUUCUGCAAUGUCAUCACCAGGCAACAACUGCCCACACUUGGAGUCAGUUGGUGAGAUAACAAAAGAAGAGCUGAUACAGAAAUCUCAUGGCACUUGCCAGGACUGUAAAGUCAGGGGACCCAACCUUUGGGCAUGCUUAGAGGACAGAUGUACCUAUGUUGGCUGUGGUGAAUCUCACGUUGAUCACAGUACAACCCAUUCCCAGGAGACAAAACACUGUCUAACUGUCAACCUUACUACACUCCGUGUUUGGUGUUAUGCCUGUAGUAAGGAAGUAUUCCUGGAUAGGAAAUUAGGAUCUCAUUCUCCACUACCAAAUGGAAGACUGUCUCACCAAGCACAAGAAAAUAGUGUGCAGGAUUUUAAAAUACCCAGUAAUCCCACACUGAAGAGUCCACUAGCAGCUGUAUUUGAUGACUUAGAUAUAGAAGUGGAAGAAGAUGAAUUGAAGACUAGAGGUCUAACAGGAUUAAAAAAUAUUGGAAACACUUGUUACAUGAAUGCAGCUUUACAAGCUCUUUCCAACUGCCCACCUUUGACGCACUUUUUUCUUGACUGUGGAGGCUUAGCCCGAACGGAUAAGAAACCAGCAAUUUGCAAAAGUUACCUCAAGCUUAUGACAGAACUCUGGCACAAAAGCAGGCCUGGUUCUGUUGUUCCUACUGGUCUAUUUCAGGGAAUUAAAACUCUUAAUCCAACAUUUCGAGGCUACUCUCAACAGGAUGCACAAGAAUUUUUACGUUGUCUAAUGGAUUUACUUCAUGAAGAACUUAAAGAACCAGUUGUAGAACUGGAAGAUGCACAGCCUAUAAAUGUUGAAGAGAGUAUGGAAGAAGACAAGAGUCAGUCAGAUGUAGGCUUUCAGCCCUGUGAAUCCUGUGGUACCUGUGAUAAAACAGAAAAUGACACUAUUUUCAAACCUGUCUUAGAAGAACCUGCAGAGACAACCAUGUUAAUUCAGGAUGAUGAUAACAACUCGAUCACAUCCAAAGACUGGCAGAAAGAAAAAAUGACAAGCAACAAGCUUAAACGAGCAAAUUCUAUGGAAGACUUGGAAAAAGACAUGAACACUUCUUCAGAGGUCACUGAAUUUUUAAAUCACCAAGGAACUGUCAAAGUACAGAUUCACAGCAGAUUCUCAGAAUACAUCAAUGAUGUCCAUAUGAAUGAUAUAUCUGCAGUCCAAACUCCAUUGUCAAAUGAAGGGGUGAACACACGCUUAUCCAACAGUCCUCCAAAAUCAUACUCAUCAUGCUCUUCACUAGCACCAGUCCACAAAAAAGUUUCAACUGUACCAUCACCAAAAAGGAAGAAGCGCAAGAAAUACAGGAGUGUUAUCUCUGAUAUAUUUGAUGGGACUAUAAUAAGCUCAGUACAGUGCUUGACUUGUGAUCGGCUGUCUGUAACCCUGGAGACCUUCCAGGAUCUCUCCUUGCCUAUUCCAGGUAAGGAAGAUCUUGCUAAGCUCCAUUCUGCAAGUCAUCAGACAUCUCUAGUCAAGGCAGGAUCAUGUGGAGAAGCAUAUGCCCCCCAGGGAUGGAUAGCUUUUUUUAUGGAAUAUUUCAAAAGAUGUUUCAGGUUUGUUGUCUCAUGUGUUCCUAGCUGGUUUUGGGGUCCAGUUGUAACCUUACAAGAUUGUCUUGCUGCCUUUUUCGCCAGAGAUGAGCUCAAGGGUGAUAAUAUGUACAGCUGCGGAAGAUGUAAAAAGUUAAGAAAUGGAGUGAAAUUCUGCAAAGUGCAAAAAUUUCCUGAGAUAUUGUGCAUUCAUCUGAAAAGAUUUAGACAUGAGCUUAUGUUUUCCACGAAAAUUGGGACCCAUGUGUCUUUUCCCUUGGAAGACCUUGAUCUUCAACCUUUCCUUGCAAAGGACAGUCCAGCUCAAAUAGUGACUUAUGAUCUCCUGUCUGUCAUUUGCCAUCAUGGAACUGCCAGCAGUGGACAUUAUAUAGCGUAUUGCCGCAACAAUUUAAAUAACUUAUGGUAUGAAUUUGAUGACCAGAGUGUCACAGAAGUAUCAGAAUCCACAGUGCAAAAUGCAGAAGCUUAUGUCCUCUUCUACAGAAAGAGCAGUGAAGAAGCACAGAGAGAGAGGCGGAGAAUAUCAAAUCUACUGAAUAUGAUGGAACCCAGUCUUCUGCAGUUUUACAUUUCCAGGCAGUGGUUAAAUAAAUUCAAGACUUUUGCAGAGCCAGGACCAAUUUCAAAUAAUGACUUCCUCUGUCCGCAUGGAGGUGUUCCUCCACACAAAGCUAACUUCAUAGAGGAUUUAGUUGUAAUGUUACCUCAGAAUAUAUGGGAUAAUCUGUACAGCAGAUAUGGAGGAGGACCAGCUGUUAAUCAUCUGUAUGUUUGUCACACCUGCCAAAUAGAGUCUGAAAGAAUUGAAAAAAGAAGGAAAAAUGAAUUGGAAAUGUUUAUUCGGCUUAAUAGAGCAUUCCAAGAAGAAGAAUCUCCGUCGACAUUUUACUGCAUCAGUAUGCAAUGGUUCAGAGAAUGGGAAGGAUUUGUAAAGGGUAAAGACAGUGACCCUCCUGGUCCUAUUGAUAAUGCGAAGAUUGCCGUAACAAAAUGUGGAAGUGCUGUGCUAAAACAAGGUGCUGAUUCUGGACAAAUAUCUGAAGAAACAUGGAAUUUUCUUCAGUCAAUUUAUGGUGGAGGUCCAGAGAUUAUACUCAGACCACCUGUUCCUCCAGUAGAACCUGAUAUCUUGCAAACAGAGGAGAAGAUUGAAUUAGAAACUCAUGGUCUGUAGCUAUUGAGAGUAAGAUGAACUUAUAGGGAAGCUGGAUUCCUUACAAAAUGCCCAAAAUACAUUCCUAAAUGCUUUAUUCUCUUGUAUAUGUCAGAGGCACAACUCACUGGGCAUUAACUACAGAAUACUAAGUUGAAAUAUGUAUUACAGUUUGUUUAAAUAGAGGAUGUUUUCCCUGUUAUGGGAGGCAUGUGGUUUGUACAUUUUGGAGUGUGUAAUCAGUGGAAAAACCCUGUAACUUCUGAAUUUUUUGGUGUAAGUCAAAAUCCCAUUAUACUUUUAGACUUGAAAAAUGGAGACAGAUUUUAGAGGUGUUCAAUAAACCUUCUGAUUCCUGAUUGGGCUUCUAAUACCUACAAACUUUUGCCUGUAUUAAUUGUACAGUCUUAACAUGCCUAGGUAUAUGGGGAGUAUAUUUUAAAUGGAUUGCAAUCAUUAAGAAAAGGAUUUUAAUUUCCUAAAUACUCAGGAAAAAAAUCUCACUUAUUUUGCACUGUAAGUAUAUGAAAUACUUAUUGUAUUUGAAUGGAUCAAACAUUAGUGUAGCUUGAAUAUUGCUUUAGUCAGCACAUGUAUUAACUUAUUACCUACUGAAUUUCACAUCUUACUAUAGUGUUCUGUAACUCUGUGAACUUGACUAGUGUCUAAUGAUAUAUAUGACAAAAAGAUUUAGUCUUCUUUAGAGUAAUGUUUGAGAUGUUUGAGAGCAUGAAGUGUGAAAUGUAAAAUGUUUAUGGACAUGAGUGAUAUAAAUUUAAGGAAUUAAAUUGUCUGGUUUCCUGAA